AUGGAUGGAAUAUUUUAUGUAACCGAGUUCUUCUUUAUCAUACUGGGAUUCUCAUUGUACUGUUUAGUAAAUUCUGGGACAUUAGAAAAAUUAAAGGCCUUUAUUGUUCUUUUUAUCUUACUUUUAUCAAACUUUUUUUACUAUUUAGUUCAUUCAGAACUAAUAUUCAAAAUCGCUGAUACCACACCUGAAAACCCCAGUGACCCCGGUUAUUAUUUUAUCCGUUUAUACGGCCAUAUGCUGUGGCUGCUGUCUUUAUUCCUUGCUUUACAAGGAAUAGUAGGAGGCUUUUGACUUUUAAUAAUUAUAGACUAUGCAGGGCUUCUAUUUAUAGAAAAUAUAGCUGCUUCCUAUUGCGCAGCGUGGUAUGCCACAUUUAUGGUUUUAUUUCCAACAGCUCUUCUAGGAUUUACUUCACUUGAUUAUACAGCUCAUAUUUUUCACGAAGAUGGAAACGAAUCUAAUGAUAUUGGUAUGGUUUUAUGCAUGCUAUCUUAGAUAAUAAUAAUAAAAAUGGACAUGAGCUGUGCUCUCUAAUUAGAAACCUUCCUCUUCUGAAGAUAAACAUUAAAAUGGCGACACGCGUCAAACUGGCCUCUUGGAGCAACAGUCCAGACCUUAUGGCUAUGGCGAACUGGGAUGGAUUUGAGUCGAGAAUCGAGUGCAAGCUCAAGAGAUGUGUGUCAGGGGAGGUUUUGGCUGCUUUUCUGUGGUUUUGAAAUCGAGGAGCUGAAGAUUUGAGGACCCAUGGGCAUUCCUUUAUGGAGAAAGUGGGAUUUUCGUCCCAGGGAGUAGUCUUUUUCCUGUAGCUGUCGAAGGAAGGCACUUCAGCACCCUCGAGACUCUAGAAGUUGAUCCUUGGAAUCAAGCUACUCCAAUCGUCCGUAGCAGGACCGCAGAAAUCACACACCACCAUCCACUCAAGACUGAAAACACAAGGCAAGGAGGAGACAGAAGGUACGAGAAGUGCACCCGUUAUUGGAUAUAGACCAUCUGGGCUGGAGUCGAAAAGCGAUAGAAGGUUCCAUACGGGAUUCUUUGAUGAUUGCAUCGCCAAUAUGGCUAACACCUGACUUUAAAUAACCUAACUUAACCUCUUCUGAGGAUUUUUUAUUGUGGCGUUAGGUUUAUCUGGUAUAAAUAUUUGUGCAAAGUCUAGUCCGCUUCAGAACUGAAUUUACCUUGAGGGAAAAGGUGGGCUCAAAGUUAUAAAGGGAAAGCCCGCAUGAUCUACAGGCAACGUCUAGAUUAUCCUGGAACUUCCUAGAGUGAAACUGUGAGUUUCCCCUCCAUGAACGAGUAUAAAAAUUUAGCCCACCACGGAAAAUAAUACUUUUUAAAUUAUAUAUAAAUUUUAUAGUAAAAUUGUCUUUUUUCGAAAUUUAAACAAUUCCCAAUUUGCAAAAAUAAUUUAAUUUGUGCAAUUUAUGCUUUAAAAUGUAAUAUAUUUAAAAAAUAGAAACAGAAUUAGCUCAAGAUUUAAUUAUUUUUAUAUGAAAAUAUUUUUAAGGGUGGUUUUUUAAAACCCAAAAUAGUUUUUUUUUCCCCAAUUGUUCUGUUCGCUCACAGAGAGAUUAAUUAAGUCAGAACGCUAUUUUAUCUAUGACCUUUUCUUACUUUGUUGUUUCUAGUUUACCAUUUAAUUUUUAGCACUUGGUGAGCCUUAAAUGUCUCUAUUGGAUUCGCAAUUUCCUGAUAUAUCUUGAAUUAUCCGGCAAUAUGUAUCGAAACUUGGAGCUUUUUUCCAUAUCAGACUGCAAAAUUUGAAAGAAAACUAGCUACAAUUAUAAGAAACAUUAAGAAAUGAAAAAAGAAUAGCUUUAUUCAGCUUGUGUUUCUGUGCUUUUCUAUAUGAGCUUCAUACUCCUUAAUUACUUACAUUCUCCAUAAAAUAUCAGAAAAAAUCUUUGAAAUUGCAAGAUAA